UAUUUAACAAGCUCUAAACAGGUUCUUCGCCCUGGAUUUUCUUACUUAUAAAUAGCAUGUAUUCACUACUUCAUAUAAAGUUUAAAAUUAAGUCAGCGAUGGGUCAAAUUAAAUUAAUUAGGUUGAGACGGUUUUACUUUCCAUAACAAGAUACUAGACGCGGAAAGAGAAGUGAAAGUAGUUAUCAACAAGGUGAAAUAAACAAGAUCUUGCUGUAUAUAACUAUACUUGAAAAGUUCAGACACCUAAAUAACCAUGUGGAAUGGAAUUUAAUUAGUUAAUCAUUUUGUACAGGUAUGGAAUCAAUUAACUUGAUGAUUGAGGAAGGCUAUAGCUACUUGUCAAACCAUGCUGUAGGUGACGUGUUAGCUGUCUGUCGAAGAGGAAGAGAAAUAAUUAAAAUACUCCCAUUGCUUGACAAUGUUUCCUAUAAGGGUGCCGUGUGUGAAUUCCACAUUCUCUCUAUGUUGGCUUGCAUGAUUGAUGAUGGUAAUAACAGAUAUGUUCAAGCCAUCUUACAUUUCCGUAAUGCAUACAAUACAAACCCAACUAAAACAAAAUCAUUGUUGGAAAAGAGACUGGGAAGCCAUUUUCUGGAAACAAUUUUAAAAUUUUUGCUUGAAAAAUGUUUUCCAAAUGAAGAAGUACUUGAUGGAAUAAUUACAUUGUUAAAUGUUGCUAAACUUAGACAAACAACAUCAGCUGUUUCCAGUACCAAUCCACAGUUUGUUUCGGCGUGUGAGUGUUGGAUGCAUUGUAUGGUUCGAAAGAUAAACUUGCUUAAUUUUUUUCCUGAAGAGUUUUACUUUUAUGCUACUCUUAGGUCCGUUCAAGAAUCUGUAGUAAAGGAUGCUAUUAAAAAGUGGGUUAUAGCUGGCAAGAAAGAAUUUUAUAAGUCUCAGUUAGCUGAUGAAGCAUUGGUAUCAUUUGAAAUUGCAGAAUCGUUUAUAUCUUACACUGAUAUCAGCAAAAAGCUUUUGGAUUACAUAACAAUGCACAUAACAGCUUUACUUUAUUUGGAAAAAGAUGCUGAUGUCUCAGCAGAUUAUUUUCAAUCAUUUCAAGUAGAAGAUAAUGUCAUAGAGAAAUUGUUAAAUAAUUGGCGUGACAAGGCUUUAGAACUUCGCAAAAGGGCAGAUUACACAGGAGCUAUGCAUUUUUUUGGAAGUGCGUUAUCUCUUUCCAUGAACAUGGAACCCUUAAAGUUUAGAUGCCUUUCUACAGAUGCUGCUUUAUGCGCAAUAGAAGAAAAGAGAUAUUUUAAAGCUGUUAGCUUUAUAAAAAAGGGCUUUCAGAAGUGCUCAACCAUAGAUAAGAUUAUUGCUGUGAAAUGGAAAGAUAUUGGAAAUUCUUUAUAUACUGAAAAACAAUUUGAUACAUCAUUGUCUGUGUAUAAGUUAUCAAACAGUAUUACUCCAGAUGAUGAAGUUGAACUGAAAAGGGACAUAUUCUCUUACAUAUCCCUGCUGAACUUAAAGUUAAAAGAUUAUCACGAAGCUGCAAAUGCUGCAACCAAGUGCAUAGAAAUUGAUCCAACAUGGCAUAAGGCUUAUUUCAGACUUGGUAGUGCAUACGAAAUACUAAAAAAAUAUGAUCAAAGUUUGUUAGCUUAUUGCAAUGGAUUACGAAGGGCUGAUAAAGACAAUAAAGAAUUGUAUAUUAAAGAAAUUGUUAAAAUUAGAUCUGAAAAUGAUUCCAAAGAUGACUUACCAGAAAUGAUCUCAUAUGAUGACGUCAUCUGUGUGUUGAAAAAACUGUUUAAAACAACACUAAAAAAUUCCUGGGACAUACUAGAAAAUUUACUCUUAUAUACAAGCAUUGGAAAAGAAUUAAAUAUUGAAUUUCUUUCACUUCAUCAAGCUUUAACAUCAUCUGUAUCUGCAGAUUUAUUUGUACUACUGAUAUCCAAAAAUUUGAACAUUGAUGAAGUAUUACAAGGUCAAACUAUGGUGCAGCAUGCAUUACAGUUAAAUUUGUAUAAACAUUGUGCUAUUUUGAUUGGUAAUGGAGCAAGGGAAGAUACAGAGUCAGCUGCAAAUACACUCCCACCAGUUCUGGCUUGCACAAAGCUUGUUUUGAAGACAGGCAAAACAGAAAUUUUGAGACAUCUUCUGGAAAUGGAAGUUGACAUUUCAGCGGUGGAUCAACAGAGUAACACAGCACUUCAUUUGUGUUGCGAAGGACAUUGUACUGAAGAAAGCAUAACAGUGAUAAGGAUCCUGCUAGAGGCAGGGAUAAAUGACAAUAUUGUAAAUAGAAGGAAAAGAAAGGCCUUUGAACUGCUGAAGCAUACUGACUUACGAAUGCAAAUAUUUAACCCUGAGAUGGCCUCUAAGGUUCAAUUACCUAUGGAUAUAAAGGUGCUAAAAGAAAGAGCAUUUAAGGCUUUUUCAUCAAAAGAAUGGACCAGUGCAGCUACUAUGUUCUUUGACGUUUGUAAAAAGAUUUGUAAACAUUCAAAGUUUGAGAAAGAAGAAUGUGAAUUAUGUGUCUAUGCAGGUGUAUCCAACCUUCAUGCAGGAGACAUGCAAAAGGGAUUUGGGCUUCUUUGUAAAGCAGAGUCAUUGUGUAAAAUCACGUUAAAAAAGGUAUUAAAAGACACAUUAAGUGAUGGCUACCUCACCGAUCUUUACCACUUUGUACUUCACCACUGCAUUACCAAGAUUGAUCACUUGGAGAUUUCUUUGCUGGCUAUGGGAUUCCUUAACAGAAACACUGAUGAAAGUCAUCGGGAUAUAUUCUUGUUAGCUAAAUAUUGUGUCGAUUCCAAAAUCUUUCCUCAUUCCAACCUUGAAGUUUUUGUUAUUGAAUUAAAUAUUUUAAAAGUUGAGGAAGCUUAUAUUUUAGAGUUAUGUCAAGCAAUGAUGUCAUUGGGAAUGAUGGAAAUAGAAAUGGGUAACCUUGAAGAUGCUAAAAAUUCAUUGAUAUCAAUUGAUCAACUUUCUGAGUUGUGGGAAGUUACUAAUCCCGAUUUAACUCUUCUUCAUGCUUUGUCACUCUUACAUUGUGGUGUUUGUUUUCAAAUGAGAAGGGAACCUUUUUCAACCAUUGCGUUUAUGCAAAAAGCUAAAUCUAUUAAAGAUGAUAUUCAUGAGGAUGCUAUCAAGUUAUAUGAUGAAAAUGCAGAUUUAUUUUGGAAUAAGCAGGAGUACAACAAAGCAUAUGUAUUUUAUUCUAUGAAGAAAAACCUAUGUGAUGUAUUUGGAUUUGAAAAAAGGAUUCAAUUCAACUGUAUCACAGAUUUGGCACAUUGUCUGGUGAAGUUGGGUGAAGAAAAAAGAGCAUGUGAUAUACUGUCUCAAUUAGUUUGCCAAUAUAAGAAAAUAGAUAUGAGAUUUUCAAAAAGGCUUCACGCUAUUGCAAGUGACUUGAAGAAAGAUACUAAUCAUGCAAUAAAUGUUUACAAAUGGGCUUUAAAAACUGCACCUGAGGAAGAAAAAAAAUAUGUUGCUUUGCUUAAUGCAGACAUUUCAUUCAAUCUCAUGAAAACAAAGGAUUAUAACAAUGCUGUCAAAUUUGCAAAGAAUUGUACAAGAAUAAGACCAGAUUGGCCCAAGGGAUAUUUCCGGUUGGGAACAGCUUUUUUUAAAGUUCGGAUGUACAGUCAAAGCUGGAAAAAAUUGAAAGAAGGUCUUGCAUUGGUUUCAGAUGAGCCUUCUCAAAUGAGUUUUUUGAUGGAACUUUUCAAAGCCAAAAUUCAUUCUGACAUUGAAGAAUUUUUGCACCUUGAUGUUUCUGAAACAGUUUGUACAAAACUACUUGAGAAACUUGUGAAAGAAAAAACAUGGUGUAUUAUUGAAAAUAUUAUGUUAUUUUCCUCUCUCAGCAAACAUAUCAAAAGAGACAGCAUACCAUUUUUAAAGGCAGUGGAGAACUCAACAUCUGAAAAGUUUAUAGAAUUUCUAAUUGACAAAAAAUUUAGCCUGAAUGAAGACUUGGAAAUUUCCAUUGUGGCAGCACUACGAAAGGAUUGGUUUAAAGUUGGUUUUAAGUUACUGUCCUUCUGCCAAGAAGUCUUAAGCAAUACUCAUUCACCUCUUCAAAAAUGUGUUGAAUUAAUAAUAAAAACAGAAAAAUGGAAAUUUUUAAGGCACUUUUUGUCUGUAUCUUUGGUGGAUCAAGACGACAGGACUUCUGCUAUCAUGUUGUGUUGUAAAGGUCCAUGCAAUCAAUGUAAAUUAAAUAUCAUACAGGAAAUGACAAAUACUGGUCCUUUAAAUAUUGAUAAAAAUCUCUUAUUAAAAAAAAUAAAAGAACCUGAUCCAAGAUUGCAAUUGUUAUAUCAAUAUAGUGAACCUGUAGAACUUAAACUGAAAGAAAGCACUUCUGAAUUCAAAUUAUCGUCUGUGCUUGAACCCCAGAAAACUGAGGAAAAGAAAAAGAAAAAGAAAAAAAAGAAGAAAAAGAAGAAAAAUGUUAUUGUUAGUGUUGACCAAUUGCAGAUAUCAGUCAGAAAUGCACCUUCCCAAACUGCUACUAAGGUUGCGAGCAAUGAGGACUUGGUAAUUCCAAUACUGGAAGAUGUAUCAAAAGAAAUUAGUUCUUUGAUAGAUUCAUUUGGAUUGGUUAAUGACCAAGCAAAACAAAUAAAAAAAGAUUCUACUGCAGAAAUAGAUCAAAACUUAAGUUCUCUAAUUGAGACAUACUCGCCACAGCCAAUUUCUGCACAUCCAUCUGACAAAAAAGAUGAAAAAUAUUUAGAAGAGAAUGAAGAAGCUGAGAAGGAAGAAGAAAAAGAAGAAAAAGAAGAAGAAAGAGGAGAUGAAGAGGAUGGGACAGAUGGAGAGAUCGUUGUACUUGAUGGUUUACCAUGGGAAGUUGAAUGCACCAGUGAUGUUUGGCAGGUAUUGAAAGAUAAUAGCUUAGAUCCGCUUUUAAAAAAAAUGAUUUUAAAAAAGAUUAAGAAGUUAGCUUGUGGAGACUGGUCAAGAGGAAUAGCUAAGCGUUUAGAAGGAACCAAAGAUGGAAUAAGAUUGUAUGAAGCAAAAAUCAACAAAGGGAGUCGUAUUUUAUGGGAGGUUUCUAUAUCAUUUUCUGCUCGUUGUAGUAUGGACACUGUUCAGUUAGAUGCCAUUGACAUAGAAAAGGAAUGGGAAAAUGGUGCUGUGUAUGUAGAUAAAAUUCGUGUUUGGAAUAUUGCAUUACAUCAUGACGAUGUUCCCAAGAUGAUAGAGAAAAUCAUUAAUUCACAUGAAAGAGGGCGAGCAUGUCUUAUUCGAAAACAAUUGAAGGGGAUUAAAAAAGAUCCAAUGGAAGUUAAACAUGAGAAAUUACCAAACAUUUACAUCAAUGAGAAGUAUGCAAAGGAGUUUAUGAAAAAAAUGUCCUCAAGUAAACCAAUACAACCUGUUGAGGACGAAAACCGUUAUCUUUUCUUUCCACCAGCAAGUCCCAAUCAACAAGAGUUUCAUAUUUUAAAAUUUUAUGCUUUCACUUCAGCAAUGGCAAGUAGGAUUCUCAGUUUAACACGUUCUCAAUGUGAUUUUCCAUUUCAAGUUAGUGAGCUAGAGCAUACCGUGAUUCACUUGGAGCCCAAAAAUAAAUGUUCUAUUCUGCUUCUUGGUAGAAGUGGUACUGGAAAGACUACAUGCUGUUUGUAUCGUCUUUGGGCACAUUAUAGGAAUUAUUGGAACAAUGCACAGCAUGCUGGCCCUUUACUGCCAAAGCUUAAAAAACCAGAGUUUGAGGAAGAGGAUGAUCAAAUCACACAGAUUGAGGCAUACGUUACAAAGGAUGACGCAACUUCAAAUGGAGAGGACAAUGUUGUACCUUGUCUGUGUGAAGGAGCUUGUAAUUGCGAAUUUUUAAAUCUCCAAAUAGAGCAAUCAGAAGACAUUGUAUUGCUGGAAAAAUGUAAAAAGAAUGACACCCAUUGUGACACAGUUUUAAAUGACGAAGUUGAAAGCAAGGAUGAAGAUAAAGGGACUACAGAAGAGUUUGAGGAGUAUGAACAUCUCCGCCAACUUCUGAUUACAAAAAAUGAGGUUCUGUGUAAUGAAAUAAAAAAGAACUUCAAAGAAUUGUGUGAUGGCAGCCUAACAAACAAUUUUAAUGCAGAUGAACUAGAAAUGACAUCUAUAAAAGAGAUUCCUGUUGAUAGGUAUCCUUUAUUUAUAACUACAAAAGAUCUUCUCUUGUUGUUAGACGUUUCUCUAGAAAGCCCCCCAUUUUUUAAAAGAGAUGAAAAUGGCAAGAUGGUUGAAGAUAUACCUGGCUGGGGUGAAAACAAAACUCAUUUGUCAUAUUUGCCAUUAUUUGAUGAAGAUCUCAGUGAUAAUGAAAAUGAAGAGUUUUUAGAAAAUGAUGAUAGCGGUAGUGAGGAUAACCCUACAGUUGGAUCUGAACAACGAAUCAGAAACAAGAAAGGAGAUUUAGUACGUAGGGUAGAAGUAACAUAUGAAGUGCUUCUUAACGAGCUCUGGCCCAUAAUUAGUAAGGGUAAAAGCACUGAUUGUCACCCUUCUCUUGUUUGGAUGGAAAUAAAAUCCUUUAUAAAAGGAUGUGCCAAAUCAUUUCUUAAUGAAACUGGAACUUUAACAUUGGAAGAAUAUAAAGAGAUUGGACGUAAAAGGGCACCUAACUUUACAGGUGACAGAGAAAGUAUUUAUGCAAUGUUUAAGCAGUAUGAGAAAGUAAAAAAAUCACUGGGUUAUUUUGAUGAGAUGGAUGUUCAUUUUAACAUGUAUAAAAGAAUGAAAAAUUUUGUUGUUCCGGAAUGGGGAUUUCAUCAGAUAUUUGUGGAUGAAACUCAAGAUUUUACUCAAGCAGAAUUACUACUUCUCUUACGAUGCAGUUUAAAUCCCAAUGCCAUGUUCUUUUCCGGGGACACUGCUCAAAGUAUUAUGAAUGGUGUUGCAUUCAGAUUUUGUGAUCUUCAAUCAUUGCUUUUUAUAGCUAAGAAAGAGUUCGAUCAAAAUAAGAUUCUUCCUCUGGUGGCGGUACCAAAGAAGAUUCACCAGUUAACGCAUAACUACCGAUCACACAGUGGUAUUCUACAACUAGCUUCUGUUAUUGUUCAGUACCUGAAAUUGUUGUUUCCUGAAUCGUUUGACCAUUUGCGACCAGAUGUUGGGUUGUUUCCUGGACCGAAGCCUGUGAUUUUAGAUACUAGUGAUUUUUCAGAACUUGCUAUGUUGUUGCAAGGCAGUAAACGUGAAACUUCUGCCAUUGAAUUUGGAGCACAUCAAGUUGUUCUUGUUCAGAAUGAGAAAAGCAAAGAAGAACUUCCUGCUGAACUGAGUUAUGGUUUGGUUUUAAGUAUUUAUGAAGCAAAAGGUUUGGAGUUCGAUGAUGUCCUACUGUACAACUUCUUUAAGGAUUCUCAGGCUUUAGAGGAAUGGAGAGUUAUUUCAAGUAAUAUCAAAAACUUGACAGAAGAAGAGAAUGUCUCUGAAAGUAGCUUGCAAGUGCUUUCGGAAGAUUUUUUGGAGCAUGAAGCAAGACCUUUAGAGUUUGACAAAAACAAGCACAAGCUUUUAAAUGCUGAGUUAAAGAAGUUUUAUACUGCUGUGACAAGAGCAAGAGUUAAUGUCUGGAUAUUUGACGAAGAUAAGAAGAAGAGAGGACCUAUAUUUGAAAUGCUUGUAAAGAAAUCUCUUGUUAAUGUUGUCAAGCUUGAUGAUGAUUCUUCAAAGGAGAUUUUAUUUGCUGAAAAAUCUUCACAAGAGGAAUGGUAUAAACAAGCAGAAUAUUUUUAUGAAAAGGGUCUUUGGAAACUAGCAUUAAAAUGUUCAGAGAAAGCGUGUCACCAAAAAUUGAAAGAAAAAUGUCUGGCACAGCUCCAGGCUUAUCAAGCCCUAGAGAAGGCACAACAGUGGAAAUUGAAAAGAAAUCGUAAACUUCUUGAUGAUGUUUAUGCAGAAUUUAGAACAUCUGCUAAAUUAUUUUUACAAUGUGGAUUAUUUGAGGAAGCAAAAACAUGUCUCAAAAAUUGCAAAGAAUGGUUCCAUCUUGCUCAUUUGUGUGAAAAGCAGGAGAAGUUCUCCACAGCAGCUAUGUAUUACAAAAAGAGUGGGAAAGGGGUUGAAGAGGCUUUGAGAUGUUACCAUUAUGCUGGUGAUGUAAGAGGUGCAGUUGCUUUAUUAAAAUCAAAGAAGCGAUAUUUAGAAUGCUUAGAGCUUUUGCAGAAGUAUGAAAGGACAGAGAAAAUGAAUUUUUGGACGCGCAUGGCCAAAAAGUCUGUUACUGAAAAAGCAUGCAAAGAAUACUAUGAAGAUGAAAAGUACAAAUUAUUGGAGAAAAUUUUGUGUUUUAUGAGUUUUGAAGAUCAGUCGUCUUUUCUUUCUGACAAAGUGGAGUGUGAAGAUCUUUUGCUGAAGUUAUACCUGAAGCAUAAAAAGACAGAUCUAGCAACACAAUUUUAUUUAAAUAGGCAAAGUUAUUUAGAGGCUGGUAAUGUUUCUUCUGAUCCACGCUCAAAAAUUAUAUAUUUAUUACAAGCUGCAAGGAAAAUUUUGAAUGCAAAGAAUAACAGUAGUGAGUUUGAUAAGCAGAAAACAACAGUGCUAGAAAGGUUAGAGCAGACAUAUUGUCUCUUAGAUAACAAUGAUUACCUUGUAAGAGCUGAUUGCUUGUAUUACAAAAUGCUUCUGAAGGAUAACGUAGCAUGUAUCAAGGAUGCCUUGUGGUAUUACCAUAAAGCCGAUAGUGUAUUUGGGAAGCUACUAUGCUUUCAACAUUGGUUAAGAAGAAGUAAAGAUUGUAUAUUAGAAUAUCUUCCUGAAUUGGGGUGUAACUGCCUUAAAGCAGUCAGCGAUACUGUAGAUGAUCAUAUCAAUAUACUAAAAGAAUAUCUGGAUGGAGAGAACAUAAUGGAACGAGAUUAUCAUACUUUCUUUGGAUUUGCGACAAUAAAAGAUAACCCUGAUGAUUUCACAGUGAAAGAUAUAACAACAGUUUCUUAUUUUGAAACGUUUAUUAACGAAGAAAGUGGGAAAAGGUUAAAUUUUACAAAAAACAUUUCUAAAGACAAAGCAAGGAAUUUUGUUGCGAAAGUUUUAUUUUGUAUUUUGAAAGAUUUGACAGAUAAGUUACAAAAGUCGAUUGGACUUAACCUUAUUUCCUUUGAAAUUUGCCACCAUUCUUGCACAAAUAAGAAAUGUGUGAAAUCACACAUCACACCUAAACUUGAAAACUUUUUGGAAGGAAGACAGUUGAUUAUUAGUCUUUUAAAGCUUCGCAAUGUGAUGCAGGAUGGAAACAAAAAAUUAGCUUCUCAUGCAGACUUCUACCAAUGGAAAGAUUUAAUUGAAGCAUACUCCGUGAUUGAAUGUGUGUACAAUUUUUUUGAUGGUUAUCUGUCAUAUUUACAUGUCAUUCGAAUUGAAUCAGUAGUUGAAUUUUUCAGAGUUAAUAACAUAGCAGGACAUCAACUUACAUCUUGCAUAAGAGAAGUGUGGAGAGUUAAGGAAGAAUCUCAAUUCAUUGAUUUGAAUGUUUAUCACAUGCUGUCAUUCCUGUCAUAUGUUGUUGAUAGGUUUAAUCCAGUUAUCGAUGAAUUAAUGUUUCAUGCUGACAGUAGUUCAAACCUCAGAAAGAAAUACAGUUUCAAUGUCCUAAAGCCAUUCUAUGAUUAUCUAGACAAGUUAUAUUUUCAAUAUCAUGUAAUAAAAGCAUUAAAAGCAAAUUACUUGUUAUUGUCUGUGCCUAUGAAAAUACAGUCUCUAAUAAACCCCACUCUUGCAACAUUCUGCAACUUAAUGGAAUUUCCUUUGCUACUAAUCUUCACAUGCCUCUCCGCCACAUUUGGUAAACCAAUUUGCAUGCCUGAAAGUUUUAUUGCUAAAAAAGAUCUCUGGGAUAAAUUAUACAGUAAUGAAGAUAAAUCAGGUUUUAAUUUAGCAGUCAGUAAAAUUCACUCUGACAAAGCUGGACGAUUUCCAGGAGAAUUGCAGCGAUUUUUGAAUCUACUACUUAGUUUAGAUUCAUGUUGUAGCCCGUUUUUAUUAUUAAAGCAUGAGCUACAAAACUUAGGAGAUGGAAACAGUCCAGGAAAUUUGCAAUUUUGUGAAAAGCUACUGGUAUUGUACCUGAUUGUUAUGGCAAAUAUGCAAAUGUUUGGUCUGUCUUAUGGCCAAUACAUGAUGCUAACAUUUAAAAAGAACCUUGUCGGUGGAAACCAUUAUCUUUGCAAUGUGUUUAAUUCCUUAGCUUCAAUAACAAAUUCUCUGCAAGCUAAGGCGUUGUUGGCAAACAUUCUGCAUAAGAGUCAUGAUAGACUAAAUGACUAUUUCUGGAGUCCUAAACAUUCUCGACUGCAAUCUACGUUAAUCAAAAAUGAAAAAAAGCAAGAUUCAAGAGAAGCUCAUCCAGAAAAGAAAGUAAUUAUCAAAAAAAGAGAAGUAAUACCAGGAGACAAAGAAAAUAGCCCUUCCGAAGAAAAGGUUGUUAUUGAACCCGCAAAAUAUGAAGGUGAUAUAUCAAAUGAGCAUGCAGAAGCUAUAAUUAAGACAUCGAAAAAUGAACAAUAUGCUGCAAUAUGGAAAAGUUCUGGCGAAGGAAUUAUAAUUGAAGAUAGAAAUAGUGAAUCUGAAGAGGAGGAUGUAGAAGAGGAAGAGAAGGCUACAUUCCGAAAAAUGGCUGCUGUCAGAAGUAAUGCAGUUACAAAGAUAGCUAAUUGGUGGAAAGAAAUAAUGGAAAAACGGGAACUGUGUAAGAAAGAGGUUCUCGUUGUAAAAAAGGAAAGAAAAAGAAUUGAACAUGCGGAUAAGAACUUGGAUAGGAUAGACACCCUUGAAACAUCAUCAACCCUAGUUGAAGAAGACAAAUAUUUUAAGAACGGAACUUGUAUUGUGUGUGGAGACAAAUGUUUAAAAACUUUGCUAAAUGAUACCAGCCACGAGAGAAAGGUUACUGAAUACGAACAAUUCGUUCUUGUCGAGAAAGAUUUUAAGGUAUUGUUUGAUAGUUAUGAUGAAGUGUAUGGGAAUGAUGCGAUGGAUAUUGAUGAAUGGCAUGAGAUUGAUAUUGAAAUAGGUGAUCUUUCAACAAAAAUAAGAGUUGUAAGACUUACUAAAAGAUGGGAGGAUUUUCCAAAACUUCGUGAUUUUGCAACUGCUCUUCACAACAAAAUAAACAAUGUAUCACAACGUUUGGAGGAAUUAGAAACAGAAGAGGAGUUCAUUGAAGUUCUUGGUCCUAAACGUGGUAAAAAUCGAAAGAAGACUUGCCAAAAGAAAAGUUCUGGCAAAAGAAAAUAAUUUGUCUUUUCAGCUAAUUUUGUGUAUUUUUGCUUUUAUAAUGAAUCAGUUUUUAUGUAUUUUUAAAAACUUCUGGAAGAGGUGACUUAGACAGUAAAAUAAUAGCUUGUGUAACGAAAACAAAUGGAUUGUUGCACCAUGAAAAUUCAACAGUUUUAAUAGAUAUCAAGAAUAUUGAAUGGUAAUGCAACACGAGCAAUUGUCACAAAAGUUUUUUAUUGUUUUCUCAAUUGCUUAAACAACCUUUAAAUUAUUUCGACGUUUUCAAGCACAGCAGGUUAUAUUAAUUAUAUUAAUCAUUUAUAAUACUUAUAACAGCAAUACGAAAUUGUAUAUUUUAUUCUUUUAUGAACUUUGAUUUUAUGAAGUGUACUAUAGCAUUUAUUAUUUUCGAAUUAUCAGUCGCAAAUUGCACAAGUUAAGAGAUCUUAUAAUGUUCUAACAGAACGGUAGAUUUAAUUUUUAUUUGUAAAUUUUGUAUUGCAUAUUGUACUUUAUAAUUCAUAUUAGUAAUUAAGUAGUAUUAAAUUAUUUAGUAUAAAAAUUGUUAAUAACGUUUUUUCCUAGUUAUAGAAAAAGGAAUGAGAAAAAAAACUUUUUAUUAAUGAAACUCUUUAAAAAUCAAAAUGUUUUCUUUUAAACUGUCCUGUAUUUUAUCGUAUGUUAGUUUUGUGUAAUAUUUUAUCUGGAUAUAUUAUAGAAUAGUUUGACGUUGUAAAAUGAUGUAUAAUUUAUUAAAUAAAUGCAAUAAUUUGGUUUUUUUGUUUAUUGCUUUAAGUUACAUUAUUUCUUUUUAAUGUUAGACCAAGUAUCAUGUGAGAAUGUUUAAAGGAGAAUUGAGGUCAAAACUCA